AAGAGCUGCUAACCCAGUGCCCCUAUUGUGGGACCGAUGAUGUUGACAUCAACACCACAACAAGGGGGACAUGCUUGAAAGCUGUCAUGCGUUGCAAGUGUGGGAGGGAACGGUCUUGGCACAGCCAACCUUGGCUGGGGGGCCGACCUCUGGGGAACGUCCUGGUCUGCUCUGCAAUCCUCUUCUCAGCUGUGAACAUCUCAAAAGCGUUUAGGAUGUUUGAGCUUAUGAAGAUGGCAACACUUACAAUGUCUCAGUACUUUCGAACGCAGAAGGAGCACCUCUUUCCUGCUGUGAAUGAUGUCUACCUCAUGAGACAAGCAGAGAUCCUUGACCAGCUUCGGCCACUGCCCCUGACCCUUGCCGGGGAUGGCAGGUGCGACUCACCCGGCCACACUGCAUUGUAUGGCACCUACACGCUUCUGGAGACUGCAGCCAACCGUAUCGUGCACUUCGAGUUGGUUAAGUCUACUGAGGUCAGCAGCAGCAAUGCAAUGGAAGCCUAUGGUUUACAGAAAUGCCUCGCCUUUCUCGAGGUACACGACAUGACUGUGGACACCUUGGUCACUGACCGCCAUUCUGGCAUCAAAGCCAUGCUAAGGCGACUGUGCCCACACAUAAAGCACAGAUUUGAUGUGUGGCAUGUUGUCAAAGGAGUCAAGAAAAAGCUCUUGGCUCUCAGUCGCUCAACGAAACACCAAGUUGUGCAGCUCUGGAUUGAUAGCUUGACGAGACAUGCUUAUUGGUGUCCGCGUACAAGCGGGGAUGAUGGGGACCUAUGUCUUGCAAAGUGGGUGUCAGCAGUUAACCACAUUGUUGACAUCCAUGAGCACGACAACCCAUUGUACCCGAUUUGCUACCACGGCGCACUUUCUGAACCACGCAAUGGCUCAGAGAAGCAAGGGGACAAGAGAGACCAAUUGGUUUAA